AUGGAUGGUGUACGCUCUUUUUUACGGUUUGAUUUCUGUUUUUCAGUCGAUAGUAUUGGAAUUGGGGGUGGACUUUCUAUUUUAUGGCAUAAAUCUGUCCAGUUAUCAAUUAAGCACUAUUCUAGUAAUUUCAUUGACUGCGAAAUCCAGGGUUCGAAUGGUAUGUGGAGAUUCAUAGGAUUUUAUGGGUACCCUGAAAGUACAAGACGAUGGGACUCGUGGAAUUUAUUACGUUCUCUUGCAGUUCGUAGUAGUUUACCUUGGCUAUGUGCAGGAGACUAUAAUGAUGUUGCAGCAGAUUAUGAGAAAGAUGGGGGACCACCACGUGACUCAUGGAAUUUAUUACGUUCUCUUGCAGUUCGUAGUAGUUUACCCUGGCUAUGUGCAGGAGACUAUAAUGAUGUUGCAGCAGAUUAUGAGAAAGAUGGGGGACCACCACGUGCAUCUGGUUUGAUCAAUGGGUUUCGGGAGGCUUUGAUGGAUGCUAACUUGUCUGAUAUCCUUACAAUUGGAUCUUUGUUUACUUAUGUGUACAGGGAAAACAUUCCGAAUCGUGUGAGAGAGAAGUUAGAUAGAGCUUUUGCUACACCAUCAUGGGUGGAUAUGAUCUCGAAUGCAAUUUAUACUACUUUGGUGGCUCCGGUCUCUGAUCAUUCUCCACUUUUGGUUGAUACGAUUAGCUCGUUGGGCUACACAAAUCGUAAUUUUAGAUUUGAUAAUGCUUGGUUGUUAGAUGAUGGUCUUUAUGGUGUGGUCUCAUACUCUUGGCGAAGCUCGACUGGAGAGGAUUUUGUGUUGCGGAGGGAUAGAUUAAUUGCAGACAUUUGGCUAUGGGGAAAAGAGAGAAACCGAACCAGGUGGGGGCAGAAGCGUUUUGUGCAACAGAAACUUGAACGUGAAAUUGACACACUGGACACGCUAACUAUUAAACAACUAAAGGAAGAGUGGAAUAGAUUAUUGGCAGAAGAUGAAGUUCGUUUGAGGCAGCAGGCUAAAGAUGUUUCGGGUGCAUGGGUGUACAAUGAAGAUGGUAUUCAAGCUCAGGUGAAGGAUUACUUUACUGCUCUUUUCCGCAAAGCAGCCGCUCCAAAUCGAAGCCAAAUUAUUAGAUUGGUUCAGCCUUUGGUCGACCAUAAUGAUAAUGCAGAGCUUACCAAACCUUUUUUGGAUGAGGAGUUUCGAACUGCUCUUUUUCAAAUGAACCCAGAUAAAGCGCCUGGACCAGAUGGACUGAACCCGGCUUUCUUUCAAAAGAAUUGGAGUUUAUUGGGCGUGGAUAUCUCGAAUAGCUGUCGAUUAUGGUUAGCCCAAGGUCCUUUUCCUAGAUCUUUAACUGAUACUUUAAUUGUUUUAAUUCCAAAGUGUGAAAAUCCAGUGUCAGUUAAAGAUUUUCGGCCCAUAGCUCUUUGCAAUGUUUUAUAUAAAAUUUUGUCGAAAGCAUUAGCUAACAGAUUGAAAAAUAUACUACAUAAAUUGAUUUCUAAAAAUCAGUCUGCUUAUUCGGGUCGUUUGAUAACUGAUAACUUUAUGGUGGCUUAUGAGCUUAUCCACAAUUUACGGAGUAGAGCUAGGGGUCAGAAUGGUGCUUGUGCCCUUAAAAUUGAUAUUGCCAAAGUUUAUGACCUAGUUAAUUGGGACUAUUUGUCUGAUAUGAUCACUGCUUUGGGGUUUGAUGCUAUAUGGUUGAAAUGGAUGUAA